AAUAAACUUUUCGACAAAAAAGCGCGCGGAUUUCAUUUUUGACAGACCACAUCCAGGCAAGCAGUCUUGUUGAAGAUGCCGUGGGAUAUUGUCAGCUCAGACUUUGGGGGUGAGGAAACUGUGAAUUUUGGACCCAGGGAGGAGUCAGGUUCAGCGCUGUAUCAAAUCGACACACUCGCAACAAUUUCGUCUCAAGACAAGGAAUCCAGUGUGCCCCACAUUGUUAGUUCUGUGAUUGGAGAGCUGGCCUGUCUGUCUGUAGACCGACAUGUCUCGGUCUUUACUGAUUUCCAGCACACUACAACCCUGGCUUAUGAUGCUGUCAUUGAGGAGCUGACCCUUAGUCCUGAUGGCCAGAUAAUGGUUUUAGGAGAUUCUUCUGGAAGACUCCACAUUCUGGAUACAGAAUCUUCACAAGUGAUUUUUUCUCAUAUUGUUACACCUCCAAAUCGAGUAGGAAAUUCAUUUAGCAGAAUCAAGUGUUUUACUGCCAAAGAAGGUCUAUACAAUUUAUUUGUGUUGACAACAAAUGGAGAUUUGAAGAUAUUGAGAAACUUCAAUAAAGAAACUUUCUUGGCUGGUGGAGAUGGAAUCAAAGCUGUGUUAAAGGAAAAAUUAAUUUCCACCAAAGUGGAUGACCUCCAUUCCUCAGUAACAGACCUAGUGUGCCUGGAUGACAGCUUUAUUACAAUGGGAAGCGGAGAUAGUAUUCUAGGGGUGUGGGAAUGGGAGGAUGGACAGUCAGUUCUGAUAGAGGAAGUUGGUGAUUUCCUUAUCUCAGCAUCUGGAAUCACUCAAGGGAAAGUCACCAGUGAUGGAAAUUUCUUUUUUUCAUUAGAUUCUCAGAACAAUUUAUGUCUUUGGAAUACUCAGGCCUGGUUUAUUAUGAAACAAUGGACAGAGGUCAAAGUUAAAGAAUUUCAGCUACUGGAAACUAGGGAGGUUCAAAAUCAAGGUUUACAGGAAAUGAGAUUGGCACUGAUCACAACAUCUGUGGAGGGACGGAGCACCCUAAUGAUACAAAGCCUGCCUGGUUUUGAGAGUAUUUACAAUCUUCAGCUCAAUGCUCCGUGCUUCAUCUCCGAGUGUCUGCCACUGCAGGACAAUAUAUUUGUAGUCGAGUGCUGUCCUGAUGAGACCUGUCCUAGGUCUGUGUCCACGGUCAGGUUUCGCUGUUUGACGGAAACCAAUCCAGAAACUAGACUUUACCGUAUUCUCUCCAAGAAGAAGUUUGAGGAGGCUGUGAUGUUUGCCAAGAUGUAUCAUCUGGAGAUCAAUAUGGUGUACAAAGUUAAGGUGAACUACCUCCUGGAGCAGUUGUCUCCCUGGAAUGUGAAGAAACACUCUGACAGUGAUGUCAGCCUGAUGAUAGAACAGCUCUGGGAAUGUCUGCAGUUUGUCAAGGAUGAGUUAGAGCUGCUGGAGAACUGCAUGAACUCUGCCCUUCCAACUCUAGCGCUCACACAACAGAUGUUGGAGCACUGCAGGAAAAUGUUAAUGGAGUUUUCAGAAAAAAAUACAGAAGCUAAAGCAAAGAACAAACAACACAGUCUGCUUGCUAAGCUGAAUGAAAUUUCUCAAAGGUUGAACACCUAUCACAUGGCCUAUGGCACGGCCCAGUACAGUGCUGAUAACUGGGAACACUUCAGAAAGGCAGAUCUUCUUCAAGAGGCUCUCCACAGCAUGAGAAUGGGGAACCUGAGUGUAGGACUCACCAUAUGGGUACAGCAUCAGGCUGAGUGGGAGAGAGUGAUGAAACCCAGUGUGGUGGAUGCCUUCUUGUCCUACAUACCAGAGAAAGUCCGAGCUGUGGAGAUACUGGGAAUUCUGAAGGAGAGCAUCAUCCCCUACAUUAUCAGGAUCAUUCCAGAGAAACUGGAAAGUUUAAUUACCUGGGUGAUCAGAAAAGCCACCAAUCUGGAAUUGAUGGAGAAGAGUGCCUGGCCUAUAAACAGUCUGGAAUUGAUGCGGUCCAUCUACCACUGUCUGUGUCAGUCUCUGGAGAUCAACUAUACUGAGGAUAGAUGUGACCAGUCUGACCUAGUCAGUAAGAUGAAGAUCAACAUUUCAGCAGUGUUAGAGCCUGUCAAGAAAUUGAUUACAAACCUUCAGCACCUGCACGAUCUCCACCACAAAUACAAGUGCUACUUAACCUUUGGACAGUUCCUAGCUGAAACCACUGAGUCAGUGACCUUCAGAAUGCUGGACAAUGUGGUUGCGUUGGAGGUGAUUCAGACUCGCCUGACCCAGCAGAUCAGACCCUAUAUGAAGGAACAUCACUUGAAGGAGGAUGUCGUCUUCACCAAAUAUGUCAAGGACUUGCUAGAGAGAAGUAUGGGAUUGACCUCUUUCUAUGGUGAAGCUCCAUGGGAAGCCAAAGUGAUAGCGGUCAUUGGGUGUAUCAAAGAUCCCAGGUCUAAGUGUGAAGCAAUUAUGGAGACCAUGAAGAUGGCUCGCAUCCCUCUAUCUGCUCAGAUUGAGAAACUGAUUCAGGAAGGCAUGGAACUGGAGCACCCGAAAGCCACAGAGAUACAAGAACAAUACAAAAUGGUGACUGUUAGAAAACUGGUUCUUAAGUAUGGAGUGAAUAGGGUACCAGACAAGCAGUGCAGUCGGAACCUGAUAAAGCAAAUCCUGUCACAAGACAAGCCUGACUGUGUUCAGGAUGCCCUCAGUGUGAUGGAAGCCUACGGAGACACAGAGUUCGAGCAGGAAAUCUAUUUCUUCAAGUGCAUGCUCCUCAUUCAUAAAGACCAGCUACAUGAGUGUAUCAACCUUCUAAGACAGUGCCCCGCCCACCUGACCUUGACCAUCUGUCACUCCCUGAUAGGCUUUAUCACCAGGUCCCUCAAGUGUCCCAUCAUCUUCCAACAAAACGUACCUGUGUGCCUCUCCAGAAAACAAUUGCAGUGUGAAGCUGGGAUUUAUCUGAUCAAAUUCACAAUGAACAAGUUUCAAGAUUGUGUUGAAGGAGAAGAAAUGGAGAUUUUGCUGUUUCAACUUAACAGUAUUCAUGCUUUACUGAAACAGUUCUCCAUCUAUCUGACCCUUGACCAGUACAUGAAGCCAGAUGUCAGACGAAACACCCUAGUUACCUUCAUGAAGGAGUUCUUCAGAAAGGACAACAGAAAUUAUGCAGAGGCAUACAGAUUAGCCGAAAUUCUUCAAGUGUCCAGCAUAGCGAUGGAGGGAGAGUUAACCAUGCAAGCUGCCAAAAGGGGAGAAAUCAAGGAUGCUCUUAAAAUCUGCAGGAAGCUUUUGAACUCUGACCCAUCAGAGAAGACAGCGGAGAUCUUCUAUGACGUGGCGCUAGUGCUGCAGGGAAUCCUGGCUGAGUCGGGCAGUAAGAUGGAGAGCCUCCGCAGCCUUCCGUCGGUCAUCCACCAGCUGGUGUGUCAGGCCACCAUUAUGUGCUCACCCGCCCUCCUGCCCAGACUAGUGGCCCUUAGCAAAGUGACCAGUCUCUGCAAGUCUGUGGACAGUCAGUGUGAGGCUGCCAGUGCAUGCCAGGAUGAGAUAUGGGAUGAGGUGGGUCCCAGUACAAUGGUAGACAGGAACUGGAGGAUUGAUGACUCGUUCCAGGAUGAGGCUCUGGUGAUGAACUCACAGUUUGUACUGCCUCUCAUCACCAAAUAUGCUAUGUCAGACCCAGGAAUCACACAUAAAGAUACAGAGAGCCCGCCAGACCUCGGUGCCCUAAAGCAGUCGGUGUUACCUGUCCUACAACACCUCAAGGACAACAGUCACCACCUCCUGGCCCUACAGUUUGCCCUUCACAUGACCUUCACUGUCAAAGAAAUGAUAGUUCCUGUUACAGAGGAUCUGGACUCUACAAAUCCCACAUCUGCUGAGGAGAACCAGGCCCUGAAGCAGAUGAUUCAACAGAGUUCUCCCUUCAUCAAGGAGUUCACCUCCGCUCUACUUAUGAAGGUUUUCAACAGUCAAGAAGUAGACCACACACUAGCUCUAGCCUUGCUCAGCAACCGGCCAAAGAACGAGGGACUCAAAAUGAUGAUGAGCCUAAUCAAAGCCUCGGGUCACAAGUACAAGAAGCUGAAAGCAAUGGGUAAUGUUGGUAUAAGGAUUGGGCAGCUGUACAGGGAAGCUCCUGUGAUAGAGAUGUCUGAGAAACUAAAAAAGAAUGCCAGCUGGGGACAUAGGCUCAGCAAAAUCAAGAUCAACUUCAGUGAAGUGUUUGGGAACCCAGACAGUGAGAAGAGACUGCUCCUCCCUCAGCUGGUUCAGUGUGAGGCGGCCACUGUAUCCCUGAUUAAGGAUUUCUGCAGAGAGUUUCGGUUGGACGAGGAUGAAGCCCUGAUGCUGUAUUUAGACCACGUCUUUGGUGCAUCUGAAUCUCAAACUGUGAUGCAAGGAAUGUCCAAGUUGGACAAGGCUCGGAUAGCUAUUCGAGAAAUCAGUGCCAAGGAUGGACUGAUGAAGAAGUUGAUGGCUAUGUACAGUAAGACUGAUUCUUAUGACUAUGAGACCCUGGCCUUCCUGUUGAAUGAAAUGCAGAGAUUGGAAAUUCACAUCAACCAAAUUCACCCAGAAAAGGUCUUGCUGCUGCUGAACUACCUGACAGUCUACAAGAGAAAGACAGAGCCAUCCAAGUACGAGUUACAGUACCGCUCAGGGGAGAACAGAGAUGAUCUUCAGAUCAUGGAUUUUCUUCCACCUGCCAGCAAAACCCGGCUACCAUUUCAUCCCCUUGUGAGUGGGGAACCAUGGAAAAUUAUCACUCCCGAGUUAACAAAAGAGACUGUGGGCACCUGGCUCAACAUAGCGCCUCUUCUGCAUCUGGACCGUGACCAGUUGUAUCUGAUGACAAUCAACAACAUGGUCAAGCGGCAUGUGGGGGUAGUGAAGAAAUCGGGUCACCAGCCCGGGAGUAGUGCAGUGGAUAAGGCCCAGUGGAACUGGGAAAUGAAGGAGGCCAACACAGAACUCCUGUGUGAUGUCCAGGAGCUGCUGAAAGAGGUUUCGAACUGUGAGACUGCACUGGUGUGUGCCAAGUGGAUGGUGGCAGAGUUACCGCUUGGUGCAGAAAAGGUGUUGGCGCUGAGGGGAUGUUUGACAUUUGCUGAGCUCUGGUACAAGUCUUUGUCUGAUGAUAACCCUUCAAAAGAAAAGGCAAAAGGAGCGUACAAAAAGUUCCUAGGAGCUUACCAGCGCCUGGCCACAGAACAAAUCUUGUUUGUGAACAAAGUGGGAGAACCGGACCUGGUUCAGAUGGCGGGAAAUCCUGCCAAACUGAUUCCUAAACUGUACGAGCACCAGAGCAUUACCCAGACAGAUCCUGGACUACCCAGGCCAGAUAUUCACAAAGUGGCUGAAGAGAUUGCCGCAGUGACCAACAUUGACCUUCACAAGGUCAGACUGACCCUCAUCAGCCAAUGGCUGCCUUCCUCAGCAUCCAAACAGUCGGAUGGAGAAUCGACUGUAACCUUUAAUUUUGAAAAUCUCAAACUUGCUGAGCAAAGCAUGUUAAAUGAUGCAGAAGAUGAGCAUAUAAACCUAAAAAGAGUGCUCUAUCUACUUCAACAAGGAUCAACAGAAGAAAAUGUCACUUUUCUCCUUAACUUUGUGUUUGAGAAUCAGAAUACGGGUGAACUGACCUCAGUGACCAAUAUGUGUAAGAUGCGAGCUCUCCACUGCCUGUUAGAGCUACGCCAAGAUGAAGUUGUACAAAAGUUGUGUGGAAGAACCAUUGAGGACCUGAGGUACCUGUGGAAGACUACCAACUACUUGAUAGCCCUGGAGAAACUGCACAUCUUGCACUCUGUGGAAACAUUCGAGUCGUCUAACAAGGAGGGACUGAUUAAGGGAAUCUGGAGAAACCACAGCCAUCAGAAGUCGGCCUCGAUGCUAGUUGCAGGGUUGUGUUUGGAUUAUAAGAUUUAUGACAUACAGAUCUGGAAUGGGGUACUACAACAGCUUGUUCACUUUGGUUUGAUGGAGAAGUUGGAGUAUGUCCUAGGUCGACUGAAUGCUGCCCCAGAAGUGUGGCAGGCUCCCAUGUUCCCUAAGGCCUGGCAAACCCUGCUGGUCACUCCUCUUACCAAAGUGGUUGCCCCUUUGACAGAGGACCAACUAGACACCUGUGUUCAUAUUUUCAACUGGAUAUCCAAGUCCCCUGUGCUGAGUGGCACAGAGAUUGUGUCGGUUAUGAUGAAGCUGUACAUUAAGCUGGAGCUUCCCCUGUGUGCCUUUGCCAGUUUACUCCUGUCAGAUAACUCAGAGAAAGAACGACAGGAGAUCUUAGGGCAACACAAACUAGGCUUACUGAAAGGCAGUGACCGACUGAUGAAACAUGGGAUGUCUGCAGUAGUGAUAAAGAAGGUAGAGGAGUCCAUCUUUCAGUACCUCCUGGACACAGAAGAGUUCCAGGAAGUGUCAGUAUCCCCUCUGUCCAAGCUCUUCUUUAAGUUUGCUGUAGAAAACAACAACAUUGAUGGCAUUCUGCAAUUUGCAGUCAGGCAUAAAAAAAUUAAAGAAGCUGUAUCGUUAUUGAAAAUGUUGUGUUCCCAUAAUGCACUUCUGUCAAAGAGAUUGGAAUCCUACAAGGAGGAAUCUAUGCUGAAGAAAUAUCUAGAAAUGCAAGGACUGGUAGAAGUGAGCGGUAUGAUAUGAAAAGUGUGAUACGGAACAUGAAAUCGCAGGCGUGUGAAACUUAUAGAACUGUACUGUGCAAUAAAUUCUUUAUUGUUGUGUAUUCUUGUGGUUUGGUGGUGCUUGAACCACCUUAAUUAGAAUCGAAGACAUGUUUAUGUACAUGAUUUAAAAUAAAUGUAUCAAUUGUUAUGAGAAAA